AUGGUGAAGCGCGAGGCCGAACUGAACUUUGGAAAAUGGGGGAAGAGGUAUAUCUCUGUCGGUACUAAAUUGGUAUUAUUUCAACCAGAUAUGUCUGAAACCGACCUGAUACUGACUUACAUCUUUAACUGGGACUCCCCAUCUGUUCAGAAGGGCGUUGUUAAGUCUCGUGAAAGAGCUCAGGAGCUGGUAGCGGAGGGAUAA